AUGAUGCACGGAGACUGCGCCGACUUCAUUCCAUUCGUUGAGACCACGUUCUCGAUCGACUGUGUCAAGCAGCCUCUUCGAGGACCGCACAUCAAUCGGGAUAGCUGCCUGGACUACUGUCGCAAUACUCUCGGCUGCCGUGCGUUCACGCACAACGGCCAGUUCGGCCUGUGCCAGCUGUUUUUCGACAAGAGUGUCGAGGCGGGGGGCAUCUGCAGACGAGAGCACAAUACCGACUGGAUACUGUUCGAGAGAUCCGACUGCUACAAGCGGAUCUUAGAGCCGUGCGACACGUUUCUGACGUCGACGACCAGCGCCUUGCUGAACUGUGGCAUAGGACUGGCCGUAAAAGACUCGAUCACCAGCGCCGGCGAGUGUCGCUCGCUCUGUACUCAGCGCAGCUGGUGUCAGGCGGUGGUCCACGACCACGCCGGCAUCUGCAUUGGCUACUCGUACAGUACGAAAAGCCACUUUGGCUCCCGAUGCACCCUGACCCAUAACGACUACAGUGACCUAGGCUGCAACUUCGAGCAUGACGCCAACGAAAACCACGUGCCUGUAGAACAGCCUUUUUUACAUGGCCAAGUAACAACGUCGACAUGUGUCCUGCGACCGACAGGCGUCGCCCGCCAAGUGUGUCCUGUCCGUCCAUCGGUAAUUUCCGCUCGUUUGGCGACUACCUGUUUCGUCGCCGACGGGGACAGUCGUCAGAUGGUUGGCCGGUCUGACGCCACCGCUGUCGACGACGGCGACGACGACGACGCCACUGUCACGGGACACGAACAAGUGACAAGUAGUGAGGAGGAACAGCGGCGAACGGAAAAGACACCAGGAAAUGCCAUGCAACCGAGUGGUCGAACGGUUCCUGAGUAA